GAGUUCCUCGACGGCGGCGAACGGACGGCGUCACCGGCACGGUGCACCGGUGCGGCACGCCGCCCUAUCAGCCGCUGGUCGGCACCAAGGGCGUGAUCACCACGCCGAAAUUCCCCGGCCCGUUCCCGGUGCCCAUCGAGUGCGAGUGGGUGAUCCAAGCGGACGCCGCCGCCACCGCGGACACCAUGAUCGAAGUGUACUUCACGCAGCUGUACGUCACGGACGGGCUGACCAUCACCGAGUACUCGCAGUAUCCCGUCGACUUUGGCUUCGUCACUGUGCGCGAGGUGUUCAACAAGUCGCACAUCACGCAGUACGGCCAGUCCAUGUUGUCCACGUUACCGUACCUGGUCAUACGGUUCCAGCUGGACCGGUUGCAGGGUAACCACAUACGCGUGCACGACGACCUGAUGGACGUGUACGGGUUCAACAUCACGUACGAGAUGAGGCCUGUCGGCAACGAGCGCAGCGACGUGUGCAGUCUGUACCAUUGCUCGUACUCGGGCAACUGUCUGGGUAACGCCGACCUAACAGAAUAUAAAUGCUCAUGUUUUCCUGGAUUUUCUGGUGAGGACUGUGGAUAUGGCCCAAUUUGCAAGAUCAAUAAUACAGAUUCCUGUGAGAAUGGUGGAGUUUGCAGACAUGUUGGUCGGUCGAUCGCGAUAUGCAAUUGUCCUGCUGGAUUCACGGGCGGAAAAUGUGAAGUACCCGUGGUCAACGUCACUGCUGAAUGCGGUUCAUCUAGCAUUUGUAUACAGCAAUGCAAUAUCAAUAGAGAUAUUAUUGAUACAACUACUGAUAGCCCAUGUUCUUGUAAUCUAUACAAAAAUCAAUCAACACCUAUAGAUUCUGUACGUUAUCACGCUACUAUCAAAUUAGUGAACAUAUCAGCUAUUUUAAAUGAAAACAUCAAUGAAUAUUUACAACUAAAAAUUCUAAAAUAUUUCGUACUCGCACUACACUGCAUUGUACAUUAUUUACAAUGAACAAUGAUAUAGAAAAAAAAAGAGAAAAAAG